UAAUUUAUUUGACGCAUGCGCCACACAUUACAAUCAGCUGUCAGAAAGAACAUAAUCACGUAAAAACAAAAUUAUUUGUGUCUUUAGAUAAUUCCCGUCAAUAUGGCGGGGCAAAAUCCAGGUUCGCCGACUGACUUUCAGUACUUUUACGAAGAUGAAGUGUAUAAAAUCAACAAUCGCGGGCAAGUGGUCUUCGGUCUUGUGCUCGAAAACUAUGAAGCCAACUCAAGCGAUCAAGAGAGCGACAUUGAAACACCCAUUCAGAAAGGCGAAAUUCGUGUUGUCUGGCACCCUUCCGGCACUGAACGAGUAAUAUCCGAGAAAUCUGUCGGCUUGGCGGACCGUUCGCUGAUGCCGGGCGACGUGGUUCGCCGCCUGAUUGCCGGCAAGGACACGCAGCGCGGCUACUGUAGAGACAUUGUCAUGACUGCGGCGCUGCAAGUCGUCGGCACCAAGCACGUCAUCCCCAAUGUCGCUAGCGAGCGUCUGCAACCGCUUGAGGAGUUCACGCCCGAUCUCGCCGUCUGCCUGGAUUCCUGGGUCGGGACUUCCAAGGCGGUGCACAGCAAGCUGCGUCUAGUCUCCGCCGACGGGUCAAGACUCGAGUAUCCAGACCUCGACAGCUGCCCGCUAGAAGAUUACUCCAUGCGGCGCCGUCGCUCCACACCCUACUCUUCGUCAGAAUUCUACCCAGGACAAGUGGUGUACGGCCCGUUAGGGUCCCUGGACAACGCCAACUGGCUCCACCUGACCAAGGAAAUGAAGUCAGCGAGGAAACAUAAGAUGCAUGAUCAUAAGUUCACAGUAGAAGCGGUGGUCACGGAGAACGUGAGUGUUCACUGGCAGUGUCGCGCGCUGUGCACGCACCCCGCCGACCAGGGCACGCCGCAGCAACCCAAGUUCCUCGUUGAAGGUGAAGAUCUAAAGAACCUGAAGCUCCUGAACGUGUUCGAGCCGUGCACCCUGCAGGUCGGCGACCGCAACUUCCUCACCAUCGGCCCUGACGACACCUUCAUCAGCAAGAAGCAAUGGCGGAAGCAACAGAGUAAAUUCUACAGGAAUCUCCGCAAGCAAACGAAACCGGUGAAGAAGGCUUCCAAGUCGGACACUAACUCAUCUGAACACAUGCCCUCGAGACCCAAGAAGCGAGCCUCAGCGCACCGCAAACUCAAGACUGUUGAUAAUGAGAUGGAGAUAGACGCGGAAGAUAAGCUGGAAUCCCUAGACGAGGGUCUGAAGGCGGAAACCAGCUGCCCGAGCAUAAAGAUAGAGCCCAGUGGCGAUACGUCGCUGCCCAUGGCCAGCAGUCAAGAAGACACCGGCACUGAAGAGAAAAACGACUCUGGGAUCAGCCCUGAGCCGAAUAAGGAAGAGAAUUCCCUGCUGAACGGCGACAGCAAGUCUUUAGAGACGGCGCUCAACGACGACGACUCCGACAACUGGGAGAACACCAGCAGCGAUGGCAGUGACACAGACAGCGGCGCCACGUGGUCGUCCCGCUGCUCGUCGGCGGCGUCGCAGCGCGGCAAGCGGUCCCCGCAGCUGGCCGUGCGGCUGCUGCGCGGCAAGCGGCUCAAGCGCUCCGUGCGCCGCGCGCCGCCCGCGCCGCCGCCGCGCCUCGGGGACCGCGUCGUCGUCGAGACGCUACACACCACCAGCCGCGCCAACGUCGUCUGGCAGGACGGUACAAUCGAGAUGGGCAUUCCGUCGACGCAGCUGUACCCCAUCCACCACCUGGAUGGGCAGGAAUGCUUCCCAGGGGACUUCGUCGUCAGCGGCGCCGCCACCAUAGAAGAGAACCAACAGCUGAAGCACAGGGAGUACGGCGUGGUGCAGCGCGUGGACCACCACGGCCGCACCGCCAUCGUGCACUGGUUCCGCACCUACACCAGUGCCGACGACCCUGUGCCACAGAUGUUAUACGAGAGCGAGAUGAGCGUGUACGACCUGAAGGACCACCCCGACUUCCAAUACCGGCCCGGCACCGUCGUCAUCCGCGUCGCCAACUUCACUGGCGAGGACGCCAACUGCACCGCUGGCCAGGUGAUCGACAACUUCCCGUCAGGACGCGUCAAGGUGUGGUGGGUGGACGGGCACACCAGCAUGUGCUGGCCCCAGGAUCUUUACAAGGUGGGCGAGUACGACAGCGAGGACGGCGAGCUGUGGGGCUCGGAGGGGUCAGCCUCGGACGACUCGUGGGAGACGCAGAGCUCGGCCCACGACAACGAGCCGCCCACGCCCACACAACCGCCGCCCACGCCGCCCACCGCCCAGCCCGCUGCGGCGCUAGCAACAGCCAGUAGUGAGAGCGGCCCGGGCGCAGCAUGCGAGGCGCCCGAGACAGCAGGCGUGCCGAGGCUGCUGGAGCCGCGAGUCGCCGCACACAUCGAGCGCGGCCGCGUCGCCAUGCGUCGCCUCGAGGAGAUGUUCGCCAAGCAUCCCACGCUGCAGAGCCAGGAGAUAAUGCGCAAGCUGCUCAAUUUGUACAAGGACUGCCGGUUCUUGGACCGCCUGAUGGGCACCUCAUUCUUCCAUGAGGAUCACUUUUUGGGCCUGUUAGAACGCGUCCGAGAGCGCGGUGCGACCACGCCGCGUGCGGGCGAGCGUCGCGUGCACGAGCAACUGGCUCGCUUGUUCUCGAGCGAGCCAGAGCCGCACGAGGCUCACGAGCCCCGCGAGCCCGACGCCAUGGCCGUGGACGCCGACGACAAGCCCGCGCGGGCCAUCAUCACCGCCAACGUCACCGUCGAGCCCAUGGAGGUGGAGAGCACAGUAUCGAAGAAGGACUUGCACUUGAACAUCGACCCCGCGCAGGCGUCGGGAUCAGACUCGAGCGUGGCUAAAGAAGCUGCUGGCAGCGAAAACCCGCCAUCGGAGUCAGCGGACGUGGACGGCACGACACGCAACGUGUGCUACAAGCUAUGCUCUCUCAUACACUCGCAACUGGUGAAGGCACAUGCAGAAGUCAGCCGGCGAAGGCCGCAAGAGUUGGCCGAUUUCCUAAACAGCUUAAUGAAAAAACAAAACGCAACUGAAGAGAAGUUACCCUACCACUUUACAGUUCAAUACGGCGCGCUGGUAGUAAGCAUGGCUGAGGAGGAGAAGACAGAAGCGCAGCCGGCGGCCGACGGCAAGGAAGACGCCGCCGCCAAGCCUGAGGGGAACGGUUCAACGGCCCCCGAGACGGCUCCGCUAGCGACAGCGGAGAGCGAGCUAGAAGGCGAAGCGGAGGCGGCCGGCGGAGAGGAGUGCGGCGGCGAGGGCUUCUGUGUACUGGAGUCAGCGCCGGCCAUGCACCGCUUCCGACUGUCGAUGCUACAGCCAUCAGAACCGAGGACUUUCUACUCCGCUGUUAAACGGGAGAUCAAGCUGCUCAAGAGUGACCUGCCGCCCGGCGUAUGGGUCCGCGGGUUCGAGGACCGCAUCGACCUGCUGUCAGUGAUGAUCGCGGGCCCCCGCAAGACGCCCUACGAGGACGGGCUGUUCGUGUUCGACGUGCAGCUGGGCGGGGAGUACCCGCGCGCGCCGCCGCUCUGCCACUACCACUCCUACUGCACCGACCGCCUCAACCCCAACCUCUACGAGGAUGGCAAGGUUUGCGUGUCCCUGCUGGGCACGUGGUCGGGGCGCGGCGUGGAGGUGUGGGGCAAAGACAGCUCGCUGUUACAAGUGAUCGUGUCGCUGCAGGGGCUCAUUCUGAACGCCGAGCCCUACUUCAACGAGGCCGGAUACGAGAAACAGAAGGGCACCCAGCAGGGCAAGGAGAACUCGCGCAUGUACAACGAGAUGGUGCUGCUGAAGCUGGUGCAGUCCAUGACCAAGAUGGUGCUGAACCCGCCCGAGCCGUUCCGCUCGGAGAUCGCGGAGCACAUGCGCGCACACGCGGGCGCGCUGUGCCGCCGCCUGGAGGCGCUGGUGACGUCGUCGCAGGCGCCGGCCGCGCCGCCCGACUACCCGCUGCUGCCCGCCUCGCGCGGCUUCUGCCUCACGCUGCGCUCCAGCCUCGACGCCUUCCGCAACGCGCUGCGCAAGAACGACAUCCACGUGCCGCCGCCCGCGUUAUAGCCACACCCCUAGCGCACACUAGAUAGCGACUAGAUAUUACAUGUUUAUACGCUCCGUACCGCGCCCGGCCGCGCCGCCGACGGCGGUCCGAUGACACAAAUUCAAAAUUCCCACCACCGUCACCCACAGUCGAGCUAGCCCCCACGCCGCCGGGUAUCUCGUAAAUUAAAAAAAUAUAUUUGUAGUUAUAGUAUUUAUUGUGAUGUACUUUCGAAUAUAGGAAUAUUUUAGAUGUUGGUACCGGGCGAUAGGUCUAGUUAAAGUUGUUUUCUUGUUUCCUCACAAAUUAAACAUUAAAGUUCAUAUUCCAAGUUUCUCUCAUCGUCGAUAUAGUAAAUUGAAUGUAUGUGAAUCUGUUUGUUGUUCAUAUUCCUAGAUAAUAUGAAGAUAACGAGUUCCCUCUCAAUAUUUAUUACAUAAAUCAAAUUCUAAAUGGAAUAUUCGAUCUUAUGCGAAUAAUUAUAAUGAUUAUUAGAUUUAUUAUGCCUAGAAUAAUAUAAUUAUUUAUUUGUUAAAAAAGUAUGGUAUACUUUUCUGAACUCAUAUUUGUUUAGGUAACGUGUACUUAUUGAAAUUACAUUUGCGAGGCAAUGCUUUUGCUGUUAUCGGAAUUAUAAACUGUUAUUAUAAUGUAAUUAAAGACUUGUGAUGUUGAGUGUUCCGUGUCACCAGGUGGAGUGAGCAGGACGGGCCGCGCUACGAUGAAUGUACAAGUAUUAUGUUCAUUAAUUAUCUCCUUUAUGUAUGUGUAAUGUUGUGUGUAAAAACAUUCAGUCAUUUUUAUUAUGUAAUUAUAGUUUUUAUGUUUUGUUUUAUACGGCGGAAAAUAUUAAUUUAUAUUUUAAUAACGAAGUAUAAAUACAUCAUUAUUAUUUUUUGUAAAGUUGGCGUAAUUCUGAUAAAAUAGUACAUUUUAUGUAGCUAGUUCUUUAGUAACGUCGCCUAGUUUAUUGGUCAUAGAUAUAAUUGAAAUUGCUGGCCUAUAAUGGCAAGUGCCGUGUAUCACUUCUUUCGGGAAUUAGACAUGAGUUUAGGAAGAUAUAAAUCUUUUGCCGCCUGUACAUUUCUGUCCAUUUUGAGCACUGUUGUGUUAGGCCGCAAUAUACUCUGAAAUAAAAAUAGUGCCCAGUGAUGUGCUGCGUUAGUGUUGUGUUCCAAAUUGUAGAUGUAUUCUAAAUUACGUGAGUGCGUGACUUGUAGUCCCGCUCCGGCCGGCCGCACAAAUACUAUGUAACUUCAUGCCAAAGUCAAUUGAGCUAUGGAAGGCUUGUGUCGCUUGUGUACGCGAUAAGUGACAACUAUGUAUAAUGAUGAUGAUAAAAUAAAUAAUUCUUCAACCUUA